AUGGGGGACAAACAACCUCACCUGAACGGCGCGUACUACGGGCCAUCUGUUCCUCCGCCGACCAAGCCCCGUCGGAAAUACGACUCGCCGGACCUCGGAUGCUGCUUCUUCAGCUGCUUCGGUAGCUGUUUACGUUGCUGCGGUUGCUGCAUCUUAAGCCUGAUCUGCAACAUCCUCAUAGCCAUAGCCGUAAUCCUCGGUAUAACCGCCUUAGUUCUCUGGCUAAUCUUCCGUCCAAACGCCGUCAAAUUCUACGUCACCGACGCGAAUCUGAUCCGAUUCAACCUAGAUCCGAACAACAACAGCAACCUCCACUACAAUCUCGAUCUCAAUUUCACAAUCCGUAACCCGAAUCAACGAGUCGGGAUCUACUACGACGAGAUCAAAGUCAGUGGCUAUUACGGCGAUCAGCGAUUCGGAACCGUAGACGUUUCGCCGUUUUAUCAAGGACACAAGAACACGACUGUGAUCGGAACCAAAAUCGAGGGACAGAAUCUGGUGGUGUUAGGAGACCGAGCGAGAUCGGAUCUGAAGGAAGAUGAGAAAUCUGGAGUUUAUCGGAUCGAUGCGAAACUGAUGAUGCGUGUUUGGUUUAAGUUUUGGGUGGUUAAAUCGUGGAAGCUUAAACCGAAGAUUAAGUGUGAUGAUCUUAAGAUUCCUCUUGGUGACUCUAAUUCGACUAGUGGGUUUAAGUUUCAACCUAUGCAGUGUGACUUUGACUUUUCUUAA